AUGACUAAUCGCAGAUCAACCGAGUUCAGGCCAGCAGGCGUGCACCCGUCCUCAGUUCGCUUCCCAGCGUGGAAGCAGCCCAGAAGAGAAGCCCAGCACGAGGAAGCCCAGACGUACACAUAUGUUGUCAUAUUAUCGUUGUUUUCCAUAUACGUCUUCAGCCUAACCGCACACCUCGCAGAGAGAAGAGACAGAGGAAAAAUGGUGUCGAUGAAGCUGCAGAAGCGGCUCGCCGCUAGCGUGAUGAAGUGCGGCAAGGGCAAGGUCUGGCUUGACCCCAACGAAACCAAUGAAAUCUCACUGGCUAACUCUCGUCAAAACAUCAGGAAGCUUGUGAAGGAUGGGUUCAUUAUCAGGAAGCCCACCAAGAUCCACUCACGAUCCCGAGCCCGCCGAAUGAAGGAGGCCAAGAGAAAGGGACGUCACUCUGGAUAUGGUAAACGCAAGGGUACCAGGGAAGCUAGGUUGCCAACCAAGGUUCUUUGGAUGAGGAGAAUGAGAGUUCUGAGGCGCCUUCUUCGCAAGUACAGAGAGGCCAAGAAGAUUGACAAGCACAUGUACCAUGACAUGUACAUGAAGGUGAAGGGUAAUGUUUUCAAGAACAAGCGUGUUUUGAUGGAGAGCAUCCACAAGUCAAAGGCUGAGAAGGCUAGGGAGAAGACAUUGUCCGACCAGUUUGAGGCUAAGAGGGCAAAGAACAAGGCCAGCAGAGAAAGGAAGAUUGCGAGGAGAGAGGAGCGCCUAGCACAGGGACCUGGAGAGAAGGCAGCAGCAGCAGGUCCUGCACCCACAUCUCAGCCAGCUCAGGGAACUAAGAAGUCUAAGAAGUGA